ACAUGAACUAAAAUAGCUUAAGCAAAGCAAAAAAAACAAUGGCAUUGUCGAUAUUAAUCACCAUUUUUUCCUUAGUAAAUCUGUUUAUUACAAAGUCUAACUCAGCUAUUACAGAAGGUGAUGUGGAUCUUCUUGAGUUUCCUCUGAAUUUGGAGUACUUAGAAGCUGAGUUCUUUUUGUUUGGUUCUACGGGUCGAGGUUUGGAUUUUUUCGCGCCGAAUUUGACGGAAGGUGGUGCACCGCCCCUUGGUGUUAAGCUGGCUAGACUUGAUCCGUUCACUCGAGAUAUUAUCAAGCAAUUUGCUUGGCAAGAAGUUGGUCACUUGAGGGCCAUUAAGAGCGUUGUGAAGGGAUUUCCAAGGCCAUUAUUGGAUUUAAGUGCAGAAUCAUUUGCAAAAGUUAUAAACAAAGCAUUUGGAAAACCACUGAAUCCACCUUUCGACCCUUAUGUCUCUUCUCUCAACUUUCUCAUCGCCUCCUACUUAGUUCCCUAUGUUGGCUUAACAGGAUACGUUGGUGCAAACCCUAAACUUCAAAAUUCUACUUCAAAACAGCUUGUUGCAGGGCUAUUAGCUGUAGAGUCGGGACAAGAUGCAGUAAUCAGAACAUUAUUAUACGAGAGAGCCCUUGAGAAAGUGUAUCCAUAUAAGAUAACAGUUGCAGAGUUCACAGAUCGCAUUUCCAACCUAAGGAAUGAGCUAGGAAAUAAUACUGCUGUCAAAGAUGAAGGUAUUAUAGUUCCUAGGGGAGAAGGUGCAGAAGGCAGAAUUAAUGGAAAUGUGCUUGCAGGAGAUGAGCAUUCCCUCGGAUAUCCAAGAACAGCAGAAGAAAUACUCAGAAUCGUGUACGGUGGAGGUGAUGAACGUGUGCCUGGAGGUUUUUACCCUAAAGGAGCUGAUGGUCGGAUAGCAAAAUCUUACUUGCCCAACAAGGCUUGAGAUUGUAAUUUAAAAUUACUUAUUAUGAAACUGGUCUAGUAAUAUUUGGAAAUAA